AUGCCAAUUAACCCAAAGCCAGGCCAGGCUCGCUUGUACAUCAAGGCUCUCGAAGAUCGCGUGGCCGAGCUCGAGAACCUUCUAGCGAAAGAUGGAGAUCGAGUCGUUUCCAGCGACCACUGGUCGGCGGGCAGGCCACAGCAACCUCUGGAUGUCGACGCGGAAGACCUCGAGCCUCUCCUCAAUGCUGUCCGAGAUCUGUCGUUGGAUGUCGCUGGUUCGUAUGUCGGAGGUGCAUCGACGAUCACCCUGGGUCGGGCUCUCGAGACGGCCUUGGCUGGAAAGUCGGACCUGUGCAUUCCUCCCAGCUACAAGGAGUCCGAGCAUUCUCGCAUAGCAUCGUAUGCGAACAGUCCUGACACUGGCACAUUAUCCUCCAUGACAGCGCAGAUCUGCCAAGUUGAUGAUGAAGCGGCCGACUUGAUGCUGGACGCAUAUUUGAAGCAUACGAGCACGAAUUUUCCCAUCAUGUAUUCGUUCGAUAUCCGGAAUCUCCACGCACGCCGAGCGGAGCUGCGGGAUGUUUACGAACUGAGCAUCCUCUGUCUCAUCUACGGCCUUGGAGGCCAUUUUCUGGAGAAGACUGGAGAUGUCACUGUUGCAUACAACCCAGAGAUGUACUAUCGCGUCGCAUUGGGCUAUCGAGAGACCAUACUGCGACUAGGAGAUACGCGAGCCAUUACAUACCUCCUGCUCCUUGGGCAGCAUUGUUAUCGAAUGCCGAAAGAUCCCGGAGCUUGGACAUUCUUCGGCUUGGCCAUGAAGAUGUGUGUCGAGCUGGGUCUGCACCGCCAUCGUCGUCGAUCGACGAUAUCGCUAAGGUCGGAACUCAACAAAAGAAUGUUCUGGUCGUGUUAUUGGCACGAACGCGAAAUCGCAGUCGCAAUGGGCAGGCCGCCAUGUAUCUCUGACCAUGACAUCGAUGUGGAGCUGCCCUUGGAGGUCGACGAAGCUACGCAGGAUGUCGACCAGCUGCGUCGCGCUUCCGCGCAAGACAGAACGAAGCCAGCAAACCCUCCUACGACCAUGACUACAAUCGUCCACCUUGUCAGACUGAAGCGUUUGGAAUCUGAGAUUCAGCACAAACUCUACCGCGUGGACAAAACCAAGCCCGCCGACGCUAUCUACAAGACGACAGACAAGUAUCUGGACAAGCUGCAGGCAUGGAAAGACGCGAUACCAGCCGCCGUACCACAAGUCGGCUAUGGGGCUCGGUCCUCGGUACACGGUAAUGAUUACAGGACCUAUGACUCCUACAUGGCAUCAUAUUACAAAACAGUCCGAAUACUGCUCCAGCCUAGACUGUACGAGAAGGCCCUGAACACCAAAUACAUCGGAAUCUGUGCUGAAGCAUGCCGUGGACUCUGCGAGACCUAUAAGAGGCUACAUUAUCGGCUACCCAUCGCAUUCACGUCAUUGUCCCUACAAUCUGUGUUCUUGGCCGGCCUCUCGCUGGUGUACUGCAUGUGGCGCGACUCGUCGGUCAACAUAAGCUACAAGGAUGUCUCGGCUCUCAGCGACUGCAGCAUCGUGUUGUACGUGAUGGCAGACCGUUGGCCAGAGAGCCGAAAGUACCGAGACCUCUUUGAAGCUGUCAAGAACGCCGCUCUCCAGGCUAUGGAGGCAGGACUUCACGUUUCGCGAGCUGCGGUCUUGCCUUUGAGCAAUGACAUGCAGGCAAGCCUGAAUGAUUUACCUGUUGAUGUAAGUCUGGGCAACCCGACGAUCGAUAUGGAGCAAAUGAUCUGCGAUAUGACAGGUGAGGACAUUCCGUUCUGGAAUGACCCCUGUGAGGACCCGAGCCGAAGUCUUAUGCCGUCAAUGGUACAGGAACAGUGGAUGAAAGAUGUUGCAGCAACAGAUUGGGGAGAUCUAAACGGCGCAAGUUGGGGCGCCAGUAAUUAUAUUCCUCAAUGA